AUGAAGAGGCAAGUUAAAGAUAUUUAUAAUAAAAAGCAAUCAGAAAAUGUAAACAAUGAAAAAAAACCAUUUAAUAAGAAGAGGUAUAGGCUGCAGAAGUACAGUAAUAAAUAUAGAAUUAAUCAAUGGGAGGAACGCAGAAAGAAAGCUGUCUUACGAAAUUUUUACAAAGAGAUUGAUAAGGAUCAGCUACAGAAUCUAAAGAAAUCUACUUUUAAAACUGAUAAAUACGAGAAACAAAAGGUCAGUGCAUUUCAAAAGGCAAAACAACAAUUCCUUCACAAAAAAGAUGAAGAAAGAAAACAGAAAGAAGAAGCUUUGCGAGUGCAAACAGAAAAGGAAGAAGCACUUAAGAAGUACAAAGAGAAAAGAAUGCAAACAUACAAAAAACUCUCAAAGAAAACAAAAAAAGGACAGCCUGUAAUGAAAGAUAGAUUAGAAAUGUUACUUGAGAAGAUACAGCAGCAAGUAUCACAAUGA